GAAAGAGGGGCCGGUUUGCUUUACGGCGGCGCUCGGCGUUUUCCCUUAACAAGCAUGGCGUCCGGGUUUGAAAGCGAGAGGACUCUGGCGGCGCGUAAGGAAGAGAGGCGCCGCCACCGCGAGGCGCUGCUACAGCAGGCAAAAGUAGAUUAUGAAAAAGAAGAGCGGCGCAAAGAACUGAAGCGACUGCGAGGGGAGGAUACGUGGAUGCUGUCUGAUGUGAAUGAACGUUUAGAGGAAUUGGGAAAGGAACAUUCCCUUACCAAAAGGAAGAAAAAGGAGAAGCGUUCAAAAAAACAUAAAAAAGAAAAGAAGAGCAAGAAGCAUAAAGUUGAAAAAAACAAUGAUUCAUCUGAUAGCACCUCUGAUUCAUCAGAGGAAUGGGUGGAGGCUUCAGUUUCACAGUCUUCGAACACAGAAAAGGCCUGGAGCGCAAAGAAGAAAGAUUCAGAUGGUGGAGGAAGUCCCAAGGCAGUUCAGAGGGAUGAGUGGAUGUCCUUGGAUUUUAUGUCUAUGAAAACAUUGUCUUCAGCAGCAUUGAAGGCUGAAAAGCAAAUGGAAAAAUUACUGGAGAAACAGAAAGUGCAAGAAGAUCAACAGGCCAUACUUUCUGAAAGAGAGCUCAACCCCUACUGGAAAGAUGGAGGAACAGGCUUGCCAUCGCAAGAGAUGACAUCAGCAAAAGUGACAGCAGUCGAAGAUGGUGGGCUAAGUUGGCUGAAGAAAUCCUACCAAAGAAUGAAGGAGCAGUCUGAGAGAGAGAAACGGGAUUUGGAAGAAAUUGUGGCUGAAAGAUAUGGUUCAAUGGAGCUAUUUCAAUCAAGACUUGAAGAAGCCGAAAAAGCAGUGGCCCCCCACAAAGCUUAUUAUAGGAGGGGCUGGCAGAAAUGUAAAUAUUCAGGAAACGAAUGUAGUAGGAGACAGGAGGAGGGAAAGGGGGAGCAAGAGGAAAGCAGUAUAGAAAAACGUGCAGUGAAAGAACGACUGGAGGAGAGAUUUAAUAAAGAAUAUUCUCCAGAACAGAGAAGUUACAAGAGAGACAGAGCAACAGAAGAUAGAGAACCAAGGCAUGGCAAUAAAGCCUUUCCCUAUAGAUCUGCGAAGGAGUCUUAUCAGAUAAGAAAUUAUGAUAAACCUUUUUCAAGCUCUUUCAAAGCUGCAUUUUUGAAACCUAAUGAUGAUGGGGACCAAGGCAGCAGGCUGCAGAGUCCUGCAUCCCAAUUAAUCACCCCUAGUUCGAUGAGUCGUGGUUUCAGAAAGCCUGGCUAUAGCGAUGAUGCUACCCCAAGAUGGCGCAAAGCACAACCCAAGGAAGAGGAUGCAAGAGCCACCCUGGAUGAAAACCCGUUAAAAACUGAAAUGGCUGUUACCCAUAGUGAGAGAGAUUCAAGAAAUAAACAGGAAGAGAUACCAAAAGGUGCCAUUCCAAGAUGGCGCAAAGCACAACCCAAGGAAGAAGAAGCAAGACCCAUCCUUGCUGAAAACUUGUUAAAUACUGAAAUGGCUGUUACCAGUAGGGAGAAAGAUUCAAGAGAGAAACAGGAAGAGAUCCCCAGAGGUGCUGUACCAAAAAAGGAGCCACUGGACAGCAAAUCAUCUAUGGGGUCUGUUUCAGAGGAUGAAAAGCCCCUAAUUCUUAGUGAUGAAGAAAUGAACAAACUGGGAGCCAAGAUUGUAAAAGCAGAAUUGAUGGGAAACAAGGAUUUAGCAGUAAAACUUCAGACCCGGCUUGACAAUGCACGCAGGCUGAAAGAAAGCGGAGCACAGACUCAAGCUAGAAAGUUUGAGAAGGAGACAGCAGGCUUCAAAGAAGAUAAUGAAGUGGUCCUUGUCAGAACAGAUCAGUCUGGUAGAGCAUGGCCAGUUAACAUUCCAGGAGAACUGCUGGAACCAAGUGGCAGAAAAAAGAAGCAGAAGGUCACGACUCACGUGGAGAAGGAAAGGGUCCGCUAUUUUCAGGAUGAUGAUGAUCUGAGCCUGACGGAUUUGGUCAGAAAUGAAAAGAUGAGGACAGCAGAGGAUCAAAAUAAGCUUUUCAUGAGAAUGGCAUCAAAGUUUUCAGACAAAACGGAUAGAGAGUACUACACUCUGGAUGAUAUGUUUGUUUCCAAAGCGGCAACGGGCGAGCGAAGCGGUGAGGAAGACGGAAGGCAAAGGAAACAAGCAAUCCGUGAGCAUCAGCAUCUUGCUGCACGCAUGGAGAAGUGCCCUUACUGCUUUGGUAGCCCCGAACUUCCAAAACACCUGAUUAUUGCAAUUGGUAACAAGGUCUACCUGUCAUUACCAAACUACCAAUCUCUUACUGAAGGCCAUUGCUUGAUAGUUCCUAUGCAGCACCACAUUGCAGCCACUCUUCUAGAUGAAGACAUCUGGGAAGAAAUCCAGAUAUUCAGGAAAGCUUUGGUGAAGAUGUUUGAAGCUCAAGAGUUGGAUUGUGUCUUCCUUGAGACAAACUUAAAUUUAAAGAAGCGAUACCACAUGGUAUAUGAAUGCAUCCCCCUCCCAAAGGAAGUGGGUGAUAUGGCUCCCAUCUACUUUAAGAAAGCCAUAAUGGAGUCUGAUGAAGAAUGGUCCAUGAAUAAAAAGCUGAUUGAUCUAUCUUCAAAAGAUGUUCGCAAGUCGGUUCCGAAAGGUUUGCCCUAUUUCUCCGUAGACUUUGGCCUACAAGGGGGCUUUGCUCACGUCGUUGAAGAUCAACGCAAGUUCCCCCUUUAUUUUGGAAAGGAAAUAAUUGGUGGCAUGAUGGAUUUGGAGCCCAGGCUGUGGAGAAAGGGACUGCGAGAAAACUUUGAGGACCAGAGGAAGAAGGUGUUGCAUUUUGCUCAGAGGUGGAAACCGUAUGAUUUCACCAAAAACAAAGAGUGAAGCUUUGACGAUGCAGUACCUGCCAAUGGACCAUCAAGAUCCGUAAAAUCAAUCCAUUUUAUAGAAAGGCAUGUUUUAAGGACGAUACAGAUGUUUUCUACAUUCCUAGUGAACACUUUUAGGGGGGAGGAAAUAUAUUUUAAAAGAAGGCAGUUCAUACAUUUACUUACAAGGCAAAUUAAUUUCAACACAGUGUCAUUUAUUUAUAUUUAAUGCCUCAUAUUUUCUUCUUUUAAAAGCCCUUUUCAUAAUACCUUGUUUAAAUCAUGGCCUCUGGGAAGUGCUGUCAAAUGCACACUGUGCUCUUAAAAAGAAAAUUGAUUUAUUGACAUUUAAACAUCAAAGAGAGAAAAUAUCGCUAAAACUGGCCAAACAGCAUUAAAGACUACUUAGGCAACAGCCUUGUGAAAAUGGAAAUGCCAGUAUUCUCCCAAAGAGAGAGUGACUAGGUAGAGAGAGAAUUGAACUUGGCAGGAAUCUUGAGACAAGAUGAUUCACUCCCCUGUUGAAGUCCAGUAACUAACACUUUUUCAGUGAAGCAACAAAAUAAAGGUUUGGAACAAAGUAAACUGGAAAGGGUAAAGCAUGACUUAGGUCAUUUCUGCAGGAAGGGAAUUUCUGCCUCACAACUGGAUUAAUACUUCAAAUGGCACAGUGGCAUGGAGGAAUCCCAGGAAAGGUACAUAGAUUGUCCAGAAAUCUGUGUUUGAUAGUAUUCAGAUAGUGGAAAUUGAAUAGGGGACGUGGGUUGUGCUGUGGUCUAAACCACUGAGCCUCUUAGGCGACAGUUUUAAUCUGCACAACGGGAUGAGGUCCCGCUGCUCUGUCCCAGCUUCUGCCAACCUAACAGUUCGAAAGCACACCAGUGCAAGUAGAUAAAUAGGUACCACUGCGACGGGAAGGUAAACAGUGUAGGAUACUUUUGUCACACGGGCACACAGUAUAUUAGCUCUGCUCUCAUGAUGGAAAUGCAUUUGCAGGUCAUGUCAAAACAAGGAUCUGAACCUGUUUAUGGUUUUGGCUGUAACACAUUCCCUUCCCUGUGGAGUAGAACAGCUUGUUCAGAUUUUGGUGGUUAAAGGAAAGUACUUGUAAAGUUUACAGGAAUUUAAGCUGGGUUGGGGAAACUCCUUGGGGAAGUCACAACACUACUGGAAACUGAAUUACUCUUGUGCUUAGAAUACCUUGGUAAUUCUGUGGCAAACCACGGUGGACCAUAGCUAUAGUUCACAAGUGCACUGCACACAAGUUACCACUUAAAGAUUCUUGGGAUCCCACGAAACUGGAUCAGCUACUUUGAAAGUGCCCAGUCUCUAAAUUUGUGUCAUGGACUGGUUGGACGCAGAGGAAUGGUGGGAGGAACCAGCUGGGAAACCACCAAGGGAGAGGUUGGCUGCACACAGGCAAAGUCUCCUCUGCUUGGAAAAAGCCCUGGAGAGGAGGGAACUUAGGCGGCUGUGGGGAGGCAGGGACUUUCAGUUUCGGCAACUGAUUCAUGGGGCCAGACCUCCUACCAGGGAUGAGCUGCUGUGCUCAUUGGGCCUGACAACACUGCAUCAAGUCUGUGGAGAUGGUGAUUUUGCUAAUAAAGUGUUAACUCAAA